GCCAGGCGGAUGUGUUGACGUCACCAACGUUGCGACACGUACGGCUCGUUGUCUGCAAAUAGCGAACUUUAUUCGGUUUUAACAAUAUACAGUGAGUACAGCAACAUGCCCUGUCACAACCAGUCGUUAAAUAACGUUACUACCGGCCAAGAACAUAACUUAACGAAGCAUGUUCGGUUCGCCGCGAGCAGUAACAGCAGCAGCGUUCCGGUGGCGCCAAGCUCUGAAGCGGUGGAUGACGUCAACAAACAGCGUUUGAACGGGAACUGUCCGAAUGGUGGUGGGCUCGGCCCAGAUGUGUUAAACCUUGGACCUCAACUGAAACUGCUUCCUCUUAACAGUCAGAUACUAGAAUUACAGACCAUCAUCAGAGACAAGACAACCAGCAGAGGGGAUUUUGUGUUCUGUGCAGACCGACUGAUCAGACUGGUGGUGGAAGAAGGACUGAACCAGCUGCCCUACUCAGAGUGCACUGUGACCACUCCUACAGGACACAUGUAUGAAGGUGUAAAGUUUGAGAGAGGUAACUGUGGAGUCAGCAUCAUGAGAAGUGGCGAGGCCAUGGAGCAGGGUCUGAGGGACUGUUGUAGGUCCAUUCGCAUCGGGAAGAUCCUAAUCCAGAGUGAUGAAGAGACCCAGGAGGCUAAGGUCUACUAUGCUAAGUUCCCCCCAGACAUAAACAGGAGGAAGGUGCUGCUCAUGUACCCAAUACUGAGUACAGGUAACACAGUGAUCGAGGCGGUGCAGGUGUUGAUUGAGCAUGGACUCCAACCCAAACACAUCAUCCUCCUCUCUCUCUUCUCCACCCCACACGGAGCCAAGGCCAUCCUCCAAGAGUUCCCAGAGAUCACCCUGCUCACCACAGAGCUGCACCCGGUCGCCCCCACACACUUUGGACAGAAGUACUUUGGCACAGAAUGACAAACGCGCACACCAGACCACACCACGCCAGACCACACCACGCUAGACCACACCACCACGCUAGACCACACCACCACGCUCGCCCCCCACACCACCACGCUAGACCACACCACCACGCUAGACCA